AGCUUUACCCUAUCAUGCUUGAAGAAAAAAAUGUGGUUUACAAUGUACAAAUGCACAAUUUUUGAAGCAUUUGUUUCAUAUUAGUACUAGUGCCCUCUUGGAAGUGGAGAAUGAAAGAUUAACAUCUGUGACUUGCUGAAGAGUUGAAGAUGGGAUUUUUCUCAUAAGAUUAAUCACUGGAAAGGCAAUCAGAACCAGCAAGCUCUCCAGAAUCACAGGUGCAAUAGCACUUUUAUAGCUCUCUUGGAAAAAUUAUGGUGCUAGCAGCUCAGGGAUAGCAGAAUGUGGAUUUUUGUAUGAGUCUCCCAUGAUGCAAGACAAUCUCUAUUCUUGCGAAAGAAGUACUGGAUUCUGGAGUACCUCAAAUGUGGAUUUGAAUUCAGUCACUGAGACAGACACCCCAAAAGACACAGAGGUACAGGACGAGGAAAUACCAAAUAAAACCAAUAUUACCAGUUUAAAAGCUGACCAGUAUUUAGCAAACAUGACUCAGUUGAACAGCCUUGGUGAGUGCAAUCUACAGGUGAGAAUCUUUGAGACUUUGCAAUGCACCGAACUGGGGGACUUCAAGGGCAUUCAGGCUGAUAUACCUGUACAUAAAGAAAGACUGAAACAGCCCCACCAAGGUACCACUGCAGGCCUAUAUGGAGAGGCAUCGAGCCGUAAUGAGCAGGUUUCAGAGGAACCCUCUGUCACCUUCCCAUUUCCUGAUGGGUCUUCUAAUACCAUACAUGGUGAUGUUCUCACAUGUUCCAAAGUCCACGACUGUAUCACUGCUCUGACCAUAGAACGGCUGCUUACUUCAGAUUCCAACACAGGAGACUUGACUUCCAACUUUAACAAAACAGAUGGCACAUGUUUAGAAUUUGUAUCAUAUGAAGCCACAGCAUCCAGUGAUUGCACACUUAUCAACCAGUCACGUGAUACGACAGAUAUAAUUCCUGAUGUGACAGCAGCAGCCUCCCUUAACCAAGAGGUUGGGUCUGGUAGUUAUUUGGAGGAAAGACCUAUGAUUGGUGUAGAAAGUGGAAGAGACAGCCUUAAUAAAAACAAAUCUACAGCUACACCUCUAGGACUUGAAAGCCAAACAGACAUGGCCUCCAAAACCGAAAUUAAUAAAGACUUGUUCUUCGCCCUUCCUGGGUUGGACACUCUGUCUCCUGUAAGUCCUGUACAGAAAUCCUUACCACCAGUUACCUUAUCCAAUGGACUUCAGGCCCAGACAGAGGGGGCACUGGUGAAAGACAGAGAGAAGAAUCCUGAGAUGAAACAGGAAAACCUCAGAUGGAAAAAGCCAAUUGGAAUUAAUAACUCAAAAAAGCUUCGGAGAGGUUGGGAGCCCAGAGCACAAUUUAAGCCCAAGGGUCUAUUUCUAGAACAGCUCACCCAGCUGUUCAGCCUGGAUGAUAAGAAGGACAUGGAAAAAGAACAUGAUGAUAAUAAGCUUGAGAAGGGAAUUACGGGAGAGGACAAGAAGUCUGCUGCCAGGCCAGAGGACAGCCAGAAGGCCACGAAUGAGGCACUCAAUGCUUUCAAAGCAUUCUUUACGCCCAAGGAGCUAAAAGUCGACAGUGCAGAUCAUAUGGGUCUAGAAGCGAUGAGGAAGAAGAUGAAAGCUGACAUGGAGAAGCUGAGGUCCUUUUUUGAGAAACCAUAUGCCAGGACUAUUGCUGCUUCAGAUUCAAAAUCUGUGCCCACCUCCUCCAGGGAACAGAGCACACCUGGGCGGCUACAAACUGUGUGGCCCCCGCCCAGGUCACAGGAUGAUGAUGUGAGGCUUGGCCUUAAAUACACUGAAGCAGAACAUCAGACUGCCCUCUUACAGCUGAAGAGAGAGUGUAAAGAAGAAAUGGAAGAGCUGAGAGCUGGCUAUGAGCUGCAAAGGUCACAGCUGCAAGAGGAACAUGCAGACUCAAAGUCACGGCUGAUGGAGACCAUUACAGAGCUGCAGGCAAGGUUGGCCAUAAACACACUCAAAGACAGAGAGAUGCGGGAGGUGGUUAUGUUGACACGGGACAGCUUUCAGCCCAAGACUUUCCACAACGUGUUGAUACAGACUGAACCGGGAGAUUUUACCCCAAACCCAGAAUAUGAAAAUUCCAGUACAUCUCAAAGUCCGAAGAAACUCAGCCAUAUUUCCAUCAGAGAAAGCCUGCAGAGAAAGGAUGAGUAUGCUGUAGAUCUGUUAUCACCUUCUGCAUCAGCAUCAUCUUCUCAGUCACUGUUGCCAAAUUCCAUCUGUCCCCCCCUACCCUUACCACCUCCACCACCCUCUUCUGGAGCUUGCCCAGAUGCAGGGCACCCAUCUUCUUUUGAAUUUGUGCCACCACCACCCCCUCCACUUCCCACCUUAGGUUUAACAUCCUCUCCACCUGUGUCUGAGCUUCCUGGUGCAGAUCAUUCCUCCAAUCAUUUGGUGGAGUAUGUCCCCAGAAAGCCAGUGGUGGAGCCAACUCAGCCCAUGAAGCCCCUGUACUGGACCAGGAUUCAAAUCCAGGCCAAUAAGAAUGACACACUAUGGAGUUCACUUGAAGAACCACCAAUUCUCAACACUAAAGAAUUUGAGGACCUUUUCUCCAAGAACAUAAUGCAGCCAAAGAAGAAAUCACUGCGUAAGAGCUAUGAAGAGGGUCCCAAGGUGAAAAAGACUGUGAAACUGCUUCAAGGCAGUCGAUCACAGACAGUGGGCAUUCUCAUUUCUAGCCUGCAUCUAGAGAUGAAGGACAUUCAGCAAGCUGUUUUAAUGUUAGACAACUCUGUUGUGGACCUGGGCACAAUUGAGGCUUUAUAUGAAAUUAGGGCUCAGAAUGAUGAGCUAGAAAAGAUUCGGGAAUACAUCCGAUCCUGCAAAGAAGAUGAACGCAGGCUUCUGGACAAACCGGAACAGUUCCUGUAUGACUUGUCUCAGAUUCCUGACUUCUCAGACCGGGCCAGCUGCAUGAUAUUCCAGUGUACAUUCCUAGAUAUGGCGACCUCAAUACAUUGCAAAGUGGAUGUUAUUUCCCGUGUCUGCAAGGAGAAUUGCAUCAGUUUGGUGGGUUAUGUCAGCUCGUACUACUUGCGCAACAAGACUGAUGGUGGAGACAGCAAUGACUUCCCACUUCCAGAACCCAAUGACCUCUUCCUGGCUGCUCAAGUCAGGUUCAGCGACCUUUUCUCAGACCUCCGGUUUCUGAAAAGCAAACUGGCUGCUUGUGAAAAAGAUGUUCAGAAAGUGUGCAGAAAUACAUUGGUGGAACACCUCCAACCAUUUAAGGACAAAAUGGAGGCUUUUGUAUUGAAAGCAAACAUGGAACUUAAUGAAUUAAACAACUGUCUGACAUCAGCACAGCAAAGCUUUCAGGAAAUGGUGAGCUACUUUGACCUGAAGUCCACCUUGGGGGAGAAGGAGGUGACACCCAACUUUAUCUUCAUGCUGUGGUUUGAGUUCAGCAAUGACGUCAAGAGAGCAUGGGAACAGGAGAAAAAGCAGUUAUGCUUGGAGAAGUUUAAGGAGGUGCAGCUGUCUGUCACAAAGAUCAUAGCUGAGAAGAAGGUGGAAACCAGGGAGGUCGCCCCCAGUGGUUUGAAAGAAAGACUUCGCCAAAAGGAAGCAAAUAUGUUCUUGAAAUGACAGAACAUAGUUGAGGCACACAGAGGAGUGGUCACUCUGCUCCACUAAUAUCUACAGCAUUAUUUCAGCUUCCAUGGAAUUCCACUCUGACAGAUAUGGUCAGUGAUUAACCCUGACCAUAACAUAUGCAUCUGUAAGGACACUGAGAAGUCCAACUAGCAGAGGCUGCAAAUGCUAGAUCCUAGCUUAUUAUUGUUAAAAACAAAAUGAACGACUGUCAUGGUGCUGACUUUGUGUUAGGCAGAUAGAAUAUAAAUAUUUUGGUGCUUGUGACCAACCCUAUAGUAAUACAUGUAUAACUUAUAAUCAGGGUUUAAAUAUCCAGCUUCACCUCAUUACAUACAAAUCACACUUUGCAGGAGCACAGCACCGCUUCCUUCAAUGUUAACCUUUGUAUAAGAUAUUCCUACAUGAUGCCUUGAUUUCUGUCCUGUGUUUUUGAUUUGGUUGAAUGAAUAAGUAACAUUACUUAUAGUAAUAUAUGGAGAAUUUUUGUGACAUAUCUUUAAUUAUAUGUGUCAAUCUAUUGUCCAACAAAUACAUCAAUAAUUAAGUGUCAAUAAAUCAUUCAAUUUAUUAUUGCUAAACGUAUUUCAAUUUAUAUUUCAUGAUUUAUUGACACAUUUAAGAAAUUAUAUAUUGCAAGAUUUAUUGAAGAAUAAAUUGAAAGAUAGAUUGCAAGAUACAGUAGGUUGACAAUUUGAAGGAAUCCAAUAUGCAAAUUAGAUCUGCACUGAUUGGUCUGUGAAAGCACAGUAGCAGUGCUUAAACCAUGGACCUGCAGUUUGGACCUGUGGAACUGCAGUCUCCUAUUUGCGUGUUUUUGUCCAACUCCUACUGCUCAUGUAGGAAUAUGUCAUACACUCGAGAAAUAAAUGUCUGGUCUAAACUGCAAAUUAAAUUAACUUUAAAGUUGAUUAUUUUUUGGUGAAAAACUGAUCUGUUGUUAAAAAAAAAAAAAUUCUAAGUGAACAGUUUUUUUUUAUUUUGAAUCAUCCUGCGCUACCAUGCCUACAACGAAUGAAUCAGCACAAGCCAUCUCUUCCACUGUAUGAACACGUUCAUCUCUGAUGCACUUUCCCUUAGAAAAACAUUGCUUGGUGUAAUGAUUCUUCCCUUUGUACUUGUUACAUAAUUUACCAUAUGCUGCACAUUGUUUAGGGGCAUGCUGGGAGCCACAUAUUUUACAUUUAAAUAUCUCUGUGGAUUUUUGCGGCUUGACCUUAGAUGUUUUCAAUUUCUGCUCCCGCCUGGACAGUCACACUGUGCCCACUGCCAUUGUGGCAAACUCACUGAACGUCUUUGCAUGCUGUAUGGCUGUUUCACUAGCUUGGCAUUUCUUUACAGCUCUAGCUAAGGUAAUGUCAGCUUCAUGUCAUAACCUCUCUCUCACCCUUCUGUCACUAAUCCCAAACACAAUUUGAUCACGGAUCAUUGAGUCCUGAAGCUCACCAAAAUUGCGUGUCCUGGUUUUCAAUUUCAAGUCUCUUACGAAAGCAUCAACAUUGUCUGUAUUCAACUGCGUGCAUGAGCGAAACACAUACCGUUCAAAUGUUUAAUUUUUCUUUGGCGAGCAAUGUUCAUCAAACUUUUCCACCACUUUAUUGAACUUUUCCCUGUUGUCUGCAUUGAUAAACACAAACGUGUUAAAUACCUCCAUAGCCUGAGGUCCCGUGACGGUAAGUAGCAGUGCAAGCUUCCGUGCAUCAGGUUUGCUAUCCAACCCGAGGGCUUGCAGGUAUAGCGCGAAUCGCUGUUUAAACAUAUGCCACUUGCAGUCCACAUUUCCAGUCCAACUCAGAGGGCCAGGCGGCUUCACACUUUCCAUGACUUCUGUAGGUCCUCUCCUGGUACCAUGUGAUGUUACUAUAUCAAUAAAGCAAACUGAACUUGGUGAACAUUACAAAAUAAUUUAUUGUACACCAAUAUGAAAUAAAAAAAAUC